AGAAGACCACGAACACGAAGGACAGCCCUCUCACUUUUUCAAAGUAAUACUUCAUUUAUAAAGCGCGAAGUGUAACAAUGUGUUGAAAUGGCUGGCCUGAGUGCUUACAGGGACCAACGUUGGAAGGGAUCAAGGGAUGAGCUAGAAGCAAAGCUGGAAAAAUCUUGCACGCUCUAUGUCGGUAAUUUGGCAUUUUACACGACAGAAGAACAAAUUUACGAACUUUUUUCUAAAGCAGGGGAAGUAAAACAAGUCAUCAUGGGUCUUGACCGCAUUAAAAAAACUCCAUGUGGCUUUUGCUUUGUUGAAUAUUAUGAACGUGAAGAUGCUGAAAGUGCAACAAGAUACAUCAAUGGAACCAGACUGGAUGAUAGAAUCGUAAGGACAGAUUGGGAUGUUGGGUUUGAAGAAGGCAGGCAAUAUGGAAGAGGAAAAUCCGGAGGACAGAUUCGUGAUGACUACAGAACCAGUUAUGAUCCUGGUAGAGGUGGUGUUGGCAAACAAAAUAUACUGGAUGGAAAUCUUGCAAAAACUCCAUCUCAAAGUAGACCACUAUGAUAAAUUUUAUUUUUAUAGAUACAACUCUCCCCAAAACACUGUGAAUGAAUAUAAAUGGUAAAAAUUGGCUUUAACUUUAUCAACAUUUAAUUUUUAAUCCAACCAAAAAUAUACAAGAGGUUCCAUUGUAUACAUAUUAUGUUAGAUCUACUAAGAAAUAUUCCCGUCUUGAAUUUAUCAUAUAUUUAUGUGAUGACAGAUAAGCAUUUCAUACAUCUUAAUUUACAACUGCUUUCUAGCACAUGUAAUGUACAGUAUAAUAAACAGCCACAAUAUUUGUCAUUUUUCAA